ACUUUUCGUCUGCGUAGUUAAUGUAACUAUUAUGUCAGAUGAGUGCAAAAAAAAACGUCUUUCACGAAGAUUUAUUUGGAAGUGCUUUUGUAGACCAGAAUGAAUCUGCAGGAAGUGAUUCUGAUGGCAUCAGCGAUAGCGUUGUAGGGAAUGUGAGUAAAUCGCCAGCUAUACCCAAUGGAUACACUGGAAAAUUACGAAAAGGCCAUCUAAUCUUCGACGCAUGUUUCGAAAGCGGUACUUCAUUUGCCUUUCCUAAUUAUCACUAAGGGAAUCUCGGAAAGGUUGUGUACGUCAGUGAAUAUGAGUAUGAUCUAUUUAUACGUCCGGAUACAUGUAAUGCACGAUUCAGAGUAUGGUUUAAUUUCACAGUGGAAAACACUAAAUAUGAACAGAGAGUAAUUUUCAAUGUUGUGAAUUUUAGUAAGACAAAGUCUUUGUAUCGAGAAGGUAUGUCCCCAGUUGUUAAAUCGUCUAGCCGUCCUUCCUGGUCUCGCAUUCCACAAAAAUGUGUUUUCUACUACCGAUCCCCUGAAAAAAAGAAAAAAUACGUUAUGUCUUUCGCAUUUUCUUUUGAUUGCGAAGAGGACGUCUAUCAAUUCGCGUACUGCUAUCCUUAUACUUAUAGCAGACUACAGACGUACUUAGGGAUACUAGAAACUAAAAAUUAUACUCAUUUCAAGAGAGAACUUUUGGGCCUGACAGUACAACAAAGACGUCUAGAUCUUAUAACAAUUACUCAUCCUAGUAAUCUCAAUAAAACGGCUGACAAAAAACGUGUGAUAUUUGUGACUGCUCGUGUUCAUCCUGGUGAAACACCAUCAUCUUAUGUUUGCCAAGGAUUUAUUGAUUUCAUGGUUAGUAAUCAUUCGAUAGCUCAACAAUUACGUGAACGUUUAAUUUUUAAAAUUGUUCCAAUGUUAAAUCCAGAUGGUGUUUAUUUGGGAAAUUAUAGAUCAUCGUUAAUGGGAUUUGAUUUAAAUAGACAAUGGCAGUCUCCAUCCUUAUGGGCACAUCCUACUAUUUAUGCGACAAAACAAUUGUUAAUGGAUUUGGACAAUAAUCCAUUCGUCGAUGUGAAUUUCUUCAUCGAUAUACAUGCACACUCUACACUAAUGAAUGGAUUUAUGUAUGGAAAUAUAUAUGAGGAUGAAAAACGGGCAGAAAGGCAAGCUAGAUUUCCAAGUUUGUUAAGUCAGUUUGCUGAAGACUUUAGUUUACCACAGACGAAUUUCAAUAAAGAUACUUUAAAAGCUGGAACUGGUCGACGCACAUUAGGUGGUAUUCUGGACGAUCAUACUAUUUGUUAUACAUUAGAAGUUUCAUUUUACAGUUACACAAAUAUGUUAACUAAUGAAAUGAUUCCAUAUACCGAAGAAAAGUGUAUCCUUUAACUUAUUAAACAAAUUUUCACUAUAUUCAUUUAUUUGUCUAUAAAUAUUUCUUAAUAUGAAAUAAAUAUGCAUUUCUUGUAGAUGUUUCGGGUAUAAAGUUCCAUUUUUCAAAGAGUAAGAACAAAGAUUUGGACAGAAUAAUGGGAAUUUAUUUUAUUUCGUUGGGUUCUCGUCUGUUACUUAGAUCCCCUUAUGAUUUAAAAUCAAAACUACCAUAUGAGAUAACAUACUUGUGCUAUUGAAGUUGAUUAGAGGUUAGUAUGUAUCGUCAUGAUGGAGAUAAGUUCCCAACAAAGUUUACUAAUUGGAAGAAGUUUUGUAAACAUACACAAUAUGCGAGAGAAGAUUCUAGAACAUUGAGAUUACAAUUAAAGGUCACAGAGCUAAAAAGGCUAGUUGAUUUCGCAGUGAAGCAGUUAGACACAGGCUGGUGGCGAUUAAUGAUAACAUGAACUAAGAUCAGUCCGUUAAAAAUAAAUAUAUGGAUUAACAAUGGUACAACCUAGAUGAAAGAAAUGAUUUUGGAAAAUAAUUUAAUAAAAUGCUCGACUAGGCAGAAAUUUAGCUAGAACAUUUUAUGAAUAUUAUUCAAAUGAAGGUAUUUUAUGUAACAAGUCGUCGUCAUCUAGAGUUGAUUCUAUUCAUUCACCUGGCAAUAUUUCGAUAUCAAAUUAUUCCUUACAUAAUAAUCAUAAUUUAUCAAAUAUCAAUUCAGAGGAUAACCACAGUCAACAUCAUCACAGUAAUAAUGUAAAUAAUUACGGAAUAAAUAAAGAAUCGAUUGACCAACCCACUUCAUCUAAAGAUUGUUUAAAAGAUAGACUAAAAUAUAAUUAUGAUCAGUUAAAAAGAUUAAAUCAGACAUUUAAUUCCUUAAGUUGUUGUACAAUAUCAGAUUCAUUUUCAGCAAAUGCACAUUCAUUGAGAUCAACAUCAAAAGAUAAGAGCUGAAAAAUAACCUAAUAAAUUGUAUAUGAUGGGAAAAUGUAAAAUAAUAAUUACACAGCGAUGCCUAAAAUUACUUCUUCACUUCUGAAUAAAAAAUAGAUCAAAUGUUUAAUCAAUAUUUCCUACACUACUGGCUUAUAAUGUAUUUGGUUUUUUUUGUACAUGUGUUUUAUUCUUCCCUUUCAUUUCUCUCUUUCUAGUAAAAUAACGAUAAUAGACAAUGAAUGAAUGAAUAUUUUGCUGUACACUUCACUGUACUAUAGUCUAUCUACUGAAUUGUAAAUAAGCUGUUUGAACAACUGUGCUGUUAAUAUAUCUAUUAAAAACAAAUGUACAGUUUAAUUUAAUGUUGAUUUAAGCUUCAUAUAAAUGCCUGUGUUGUUGUAGAGUUCUUUGAGAUAAACGGUCUAACUAUUGAGUUAUCAUUGUUGUUCUUCAUAAUAUGAUUGACGCCUACUUUAUAUAGAAGUGAGCUUUUCAGUUAUUCACUAUGCUCUGAAUUAGAUUGUUCUAAUAGACCUGUUUUUAUUCCUAGGGUUCGUUGACUUCGUUUGACCUUAUAUUUUUAUUGACUGUCCUGUUCCGUUGAUCUCAGACGCGCUUGUGUAACAAUUGAAGCAAAGCUUUAUAAACAGCAGUUUUAGUGUCACAGAUCUGAAAGUUCUUUACGUAAGAAAGUUAUUGUGAUCAUAACAAUAGCCUUCAGUUCUUACUCAAAUAAUCAUCUUCCACACACAAAAUAUUAAUGAUUUAACUUUAGCAGAACAUUUAUUAUAUCAGGUACAUCUCUCAUUACAGGGACAAAGUAUUCUGUCCCAAAUAUGUUCACUAUCCUAAUGUUUAAAAUGUGACGUUAGAAAAAUAUUUUUUAUCGAU